ACAAACAUGCCAUAACUCAUAAGUUUGUUGACACAGUAACAAGAUCUGCUAGUGUUCAAUUCAUUAGGAACCUAACAGAGGAAUAGUAAUUCAGAGAGUGUAAAGAUAAUUUGUGUCUUUAUAUAAAGCAAAGAGUCUACAUAGGCUUUUACCCCAGAAAUAGAGGCUUGACAGAACAAAACAUCAAACUACCAGUUGCUGAUUGUUCAGGUAUAAAAAGCAGGAAAUAAUUGAUAAUUAUGUCCCCAUUAUUCAAGUUAAGGAUCUUGUCAUACAGAGAUUCAGGUUUAGCUUUUAUAGUACAAGCUAAGACCUUUCAUAUUAUAAGACCUCCGAUCUACAUCUCUUAGGAAUUUCAAAUUACAGCUAUUAAGCACAAAACACAAUUUGCUCGAAAGCAAAUUACAAGGAAACAACGCCCAAAACAUUAUUCUUGACUCGUACUAACCCGAGUCGUUAAGGUUCUGUUUGGACAAUUAUUCUAUUUCAUUUCAUACCACUAUUUUAUUCCAACCUUUCAUUUCACCCACCUUCAGUUAUUCAAACAUAGCCUAAGAAUCCUUGGGCCUUACAAUUAAGAAACUUAAAUACAUAACACUAAUCUAAACUGUAAUGUACCUAUAAACAGAAGCCACAAAAAUUAACUGAUAAUUUUAAUCAUCUUUUCUACUGCUUCUGCAUCAAUAUCUUUCCGGUACCUUUUGCUGGAGUUAUCAAUUAUGGGUGAGUUUACGAUUCAGAUUAGCAAUGACCUUGUUAACCAGCUUGUUGAUGAUAUGGUGCCGAAGAAAAAAACUAGAAAGACUAGACGGAAGGUGGCAAGAGAGACUGAAAAGCCCCAAUCUAAUGAAACUAUAAAGCCCGACAGUGCAGUUACUCCAGGGUGGCCAGUGCAGUUCCCUUUAUUUCUACCUACAACAUUGCCUGUACAACCUUCCCAUUCAGAGUUAGAAGGUAUUCAGUCUAUGCUUCAGGAAAGUGAGAGGGUUUUGCAAAGAUUGCAGAAGCAAGAGGAGAAUAUGUUGCAGGAAGUAACCCAAAAGGCAAAGGAUCUUCAUGAUAAAGAGUAUAAGCUUCCAAACCCAAAGCCUGAGCCUUGCAUGGCCAAGAGACUUACAAGGAACAUAUCAAGGACCCCUUGAAGUGUUCUAGUCUUAUUACCGGUUUUUCUGAUUGCUUGCGUAGGUUUGGCCGUUUAGGAAGUAAGUUAUACAGAGAUGUGGUUCAAAAGGAAAUUCGUGUGCCAAAUGCAAAUAAAACUAGUGAAUUAUACAUACUGACAAAUACUCAUUUUGUUACUGCCAAUUUUGUUGAAUCUCAUUCCCAACAUUAAACCACAAGUUCAGAAUAAGUGACG